CAUGGCAGUAAGGUUGGAGCUAGAUGAUCUUUGAGGUUUUUUCCAACCCAAACCAUUCUAUGAUUUCAUGAUUCUAUACUUUUUCUCUCUGUUGAAUCCUCUGCAGAAGAAGAGAUGACAGGAGAACCUGGGGCAGCUUUCCCAUGUUCAGCAGCACGCUUUCUCCUGCAGGUGUCCUGAGGUGUGGCCUAGCAUAAACAACUGAGCAAGGACCUGUGCAGACCUGGUGAAUACAACAGGACCCUUUUGAAUUCACUAAUCAGAGAAAUAUGAAGAUGUUGGUUUCCCUGUGUUUUUUACUUGUUGGAAUCCUUUCCAACAGUUACUGCUAUGAGCCUUAUCCACAAGGGGUAAGAAACCAGAACCCAAGAGCACAAGAAAACCAAAAUAUGCCAUGGCAGAAUGUAAGGAACAGUGUUUGUCGAUUUGCAUGUUGUUUCUACAAAGAUAUUUCUUCUCGUGAAAACAACGGAAACGUUUUCUUCUCUCCUUUGAGCAUCUCAACCGCCUUUGCAAUGCUGACUCUGGGUGCCAGAUCAGACACCCUGACACAGAUUCUUAGGGUCCUUUGCUUUAACCCUCAUCAGAUUUCUGAAAAUGAGAUACAUGAAGGUUAUCGUCAACUCAUGCAAGUGGUAAACAGAAGGAAUGCUGGGCUACAGUUGAAUAUGGGAAAUGUUCUGUUUGUGCUUGAUCGACUGAAGCCACAAGAAAGAUUUUUAAGUAAUCUCAGAAACUUCUAUGAAGGAGAAGCUUAUCCUAUGAACUUCAAGCAGUCUAGUCAAGCCCAGAUAAAGAUCAAUGAAUAUGUAGCAAGAAGAACAAAUGGAAAAAUCAGGGACCUCAUAAAUAACCUAGAUCCACUUACUGAAAUUCUCCUUAUUAGCUAUAUUUAUUUUAACGCUGAAUGGGAAAAACCUUUCGAUCCAAAAUACACCAAAAUGAGCAAAUUUUUUGUGGAUGGGACCAAGGUUGUUGAAGUCCCAAUGAUGUUUGGAUUUGGCCUGUUCAAGCAUGGCUAUGAUGAGCAGCUGUCUUCCACUGUGGUGCAAAUGGAUUACAAAGGAGGUGCUUCAGCGUUUUUUAUUCUGCCUGAUAGAGGAAGAAUGAGGAAGCUGGAGAAAAGAUUGUCUUGUGAACAUUUGUCAAGAUGGUCGUCAUUAGUCACAAAAAGCUCAGUAAAUUUGUAUCUUCCAAAAUUCACGCUUUAUGGGACGUAUAACCUAAAAGAUAUCUUAUAUAAAAUGGGCAUCAUGGAUCUAUUCACUGAUAAGGCUGACCUCUCUGGGAUCACUGGGCAGCCUCAGCACAGAAUUUCCCAGGCUAUUCAUAAGGCUGUGGUAAAGGUGGAUGAGACUGGCACCGAAGCAGCAGCUGCCACAGGCAUGGAAAUAGUGCCCAUGUCCGUUCCAAUUACCGUUAGAUUCGACAGGCCCUUCCUAAUGGUCAUAAAUAUGGAAAACACUAUACUCUUCAUGGGAAAAAUUGUGAACCCUCUGAAGAGAAAUUAA